CAGCUUAAAUCUUCUUCAUUUCCUUGGCAACUCCAUGAAUUUGGCAGUGACAUGCAGCAGCUCAAAACAGCCAAGCUCUCUUAAUUUUUUCGUCAACUGUUUUCAAGUUUUAUUUGAACCUCUGAUCAGCAAUGGGAAACCGUAUUUCUUCCUCCAAGAAUCCAAAUAAUAGCAUAAUUGAUACUUCCUUCAAGCUUCCCUCUCCAUUGCCAACUUGGGCACAACAAGGUAAGGGGUUUGCAAGUGGAACCAUUGAUCUGGGUGGAUUGGAAGUACGCCAGAUCUCAUCUUUCAACAAAGUUUGGGCCACUUAUGAAGGUGGGCCACAAAACCUCGGUGCUUCUUUCUUUGAUCCUUCUGAAAUCCCAGAAGGCUUCUUCAUGCUCGGUAGCUACACCCAACCCAACAACAGGCCGCUUAAUGGGUGGGUUCUUGUAGGGAAAGACACUACAGAAGAUCAUAAAGCCGAUAGAGCCUUGAAGAAGCCAACCAGUUACGCUCUUCUUUGGAGCAGCGAGUCUUUGAAGAUAAAGCAAGAUGGGUUUGGCUACUUCUGGUUACCCAUGGCUCCUGUUGGCUACAAAGCCGUGGGUAUUGUUGUCACCAACUCCAGCCAAGAGCCUUCGCUGGAAAAAACCCGCUGCGUCCGAUCAGACCUUACAGACCAAUGUGAGACAGACUCCUGGAUCUGGGGACCAGCCAAGAGAAGACCUGCAAAAGUAUUCAAUGUUUUCAGUCUCAGGCCCAGCAACAGGCGAACUAAAGCCACGGGUGUCUGUGUGGGUACAUUUAUGGCCCAAUGUCGCAACGUUUACCCCACUUCUUUGGCUUGCUUGAAGAAUGUCGCCUCCAUUUUGUCUUGUAUGCCUGAAGGAGACCAAAUUGAGGCAAUUUUUCAAGAAUAUUCUCCCCUUAUAUAUCUCCAUCCCCGUGAAGAGUACCUUCCUUCUUCUGUGACUUGGUACUUCAACAACGGCGCAAUGCUAUAUGAUAAAAAAGGCUCCAAACGGCGCCCAAUUGAAGCUCCGGGCUCGAACCUUCCCCAAGGUGGUUCAAAAAACCCAGAUGAUGGUGCCUACUGGCUGGACCUUCCUAAGGAGAAAAGUGUCGAAGAGAGAAUCAAGAAAGGAGAAUUACAAGAAGCAAAGGUCUACUUGCAUAUCAAACCAAUGCUUGGAGGAACCUUCACAGACAUAGCUGUGUGGGUUUUUUUCCCUUUCAAUGGUCCUGCUACAAUUGAUUGUUGCAAGAUCAAAAAACUUUCACUAAGAAGAAAUGGAGAACAUGUAGGUGACUGGGAGCAUGUGACGUUGAGGGUAAGCAAUUUCAAUGGAGAGCUGUGGAGUGUCUACUUUUCCCAACACAGUAAGGGGUAUUGGCUCAAUGCCUCGGAGCUUGAGUAUUAUAACGGUAACAAAGUUGUGGCCUACGCAUCAUUGCACGGCCACGCCAUGUACUCUAAGCCUGGCCAAAUUUUACAAGGGUGUGGUGGGAUACGAUCUAGCGACCUCACUGCCAAGAGUUGCAUGUUCUUAGAUACUGGAGCAAGAUUCUUGGUGGUUGCCGCUGAUGAUUUGGGCAUGAAUAUAAAAGAACCAUCACCAUGGCUCAACUUCUCCGGGAAAUGGGGGCCUAAAAUUAGUUAUUGCAAGAAAGUGGAAGCAAUUAUCAAGUGUUUCAAAUGCAUACCAAAAGAAGUUUUUGGGGAAGAAGGGCCUGUAGGUCCCAAAAUGAAACCUAACUGGGAUGGAGAUGAAGUUGGAAAUCAGAAUGCAAAAGAGAGAAAUAAAAAAGAAGAAUUGAACAUACGAAAAAAAAAAACAGUGAAGAAGUGAAAGAGAAAUUGCAAAUCUUAGUAAAAUUUUGAAUUUUCUGACUCGCACCAAAAAGCUUUCACAAGCUAACCAAUUCCAUAUGUACACAAAUUUCCUACCAUGAAAAUUAAAAAAAAAAAAAGUAUAUAAUUUACAUUUAAUAAAAUUU